AUGAUCUCGCCUGUGGAUCGCUGGUAUUCCACCAAGUGUUGCUGUUGUCAUGUCCGCACCGGAACCAUAAUCCUGGGAGUCUGGUACAUGUUAAUCAAUGGUGCAGUGCUGUUGAUCCUUCUGUCAGUACUUGGUGACCCAGACCACUACCACCUUAUCCACGCUGAACUUGGCACCAACUUUGACCUCACAGAUGAUGCUAGUAUAUGCAUUGCCACUGCAAUUUCGCUGCUUAUGAUUACAAUCUGCGGGAUGGCCACUUACGGUGCAUACAAGCAACGGAGUGCCUGGAUUGUACCGUUCUUCUGUUACCAGAUCUUCGACUGCACCCUCGACACUCUUGUCGCUAUCAGUCUGCUUAUCUACCCAAACUCCAUCCAGGACUACUUGCAACAACUGCCUGACGACUUGCCAUAUAAGGAAGACAUCAUGUCGAUGAACCCAAUCUACUUGCUCAUUAUGGUUGUUUUCUUCAUCAGUGUUAUUCUGGCCUUCAAGGUGUAUCUGAUUGCUUGUGUCUGGAACUGCUACAGAUACAUCAACAGCAGACACUCAGCUGAUGUUCUAGUCUAUGUGGCCAAUGACACUACGGUUCUUCUGCCGCCAUAUGAUGAGGCUACCAUAACCACCGAGAAAGAUCCACCCCCUCCUUACAUCUCUGCUUAA